GUUAGGAGCUCAAAAGUAAUGCGGCUGCGUUCCUCUUUUCUUUCCGACCAUUAUGAACGCUCGCAUCGGCAUGCCAGACAUCGAGACAGAGGCCCUCAUUCUGGGGCUAUCUCUGUUAGAUAUUCAAGACGUCGAAGGAUCACAGAAAGGAAAGUUACGGGAGGAUGCUUACCUGACAGACGAAGAAAUGGCAUUCAACAUUCAGGCAGAAAACUUGAGGUCUUCUUUGGUCGCACUUCAAGACCUUAGAUUUGCGCUUAGCCUUGAUCAAGCACUCGAAGCGGACUCUGCGACCCUCAGUGCGAUAUCCUUCAUCAACCAAGGGGAAUUAGAUGAUCAUAUCGCUGCCCUUGCUUUUGACAGAGGACAGGAUCUCCUGCCUCGUACUCACGCACAACAUAUGCUUGAACAAGCCAGAAUUCUGUUUGCGUCUGGCUCCACUACGACUAGUGAUAAUGAUACCACAGGUGUAAUUGAGCCAGACCCAGAUGAAAUGGAUGAUGUCGGUGAAUCUUCUCAUCUCCCGUACCAUGGUGGCCAGGGUUCGGCCCGUGAUAGGACGCGUUCUCGGGUGGACUGUGUCAUAUGUGGCGAUCCCGUCAGACAUUCGCAGACAUUCCAUGCUCCAUGCUUACAUUGCUACUGUCGAGAUUGCCUUGUAAACCUCGUUGAAGCAUCCACCAGGGACGAGACACUUUACCCCCUGCGGUGUUGCCGUCAGCCUCUCCCUCUCGCGAAUGUCCUCCCGUUGCUUCCAACGGACUUGCGAUACGAUUUUCAGGACAAGGCUGUGGAGUUCGCGACCCCACACACUUCACGGAUCUACUGCCCCAACCAGACUUGCUCCGCGUUUUUAGGUUCAUCGUCUGGUCGCAGGUCUGAAAUCACUUGCACAAGUUGUGCGACACGGGUAUGCUCGGCCUGCAAGAAUCGAACUCACCCACAGGAAGACUGUAGUGAAAAUGCUCAGACCUUGGUGGUCAAGUCCCUUGCGUCUCAAAUGGGUUGGCAGACUUGUCCGGGUUGCCAUGCUGUCGUGGAACUUUGGCAAGGGUGCUAUCAUAUGACCUGCCGGUGCUCGACGCAGUUUUGUUACUUGUGCGCAGCACUGUGGAAAACUUGCGACUGUCGUCAAUGGGAUGAUCAAAGAUUGUUAGAUGACGCCGAAAGACGGGUAUAUAAUGAAUUUGGCGCUCAGGAGGCAGCUGCGCGCCCUGCAGUGUUCGUAGACCGCGUUUACCAGAGAAUGGCGGAGUUAGAAGAAGACCACGAGUGCCUUGAGCAUGCAUGGCGGUACAGACAUGGAGGUGGAUGUUGUGAGGAGUGUGGCGAUAUUUUACCGACGUUUUUGAUGCGUUGCAGGCAUUGCCAAGCCUUGGCCUGUAGGCGGUGUUCAGUGAAUCGUCUUUGAGAAUUAACAUUAGUUAUGCGGUUGAGUUACACAAGUAGAGACCUUUGCAAUAUCAGUGUCUG